AUGGUGAAAGAUACUGAAUAUUAUGAUAUCUUAGGGAUUCAACCUGAAGCUACUUCUACUGAAAUUAAAAAAGCUUAUCGUAGAAAAGCUAUGCAAACACAUCCUGAUAAACAUCCUGAUGAUCCAGACGCUCAACGUAAAUUUCAAGAAGUUGGUGAAGCUUAUCAAGUUUUAAGUGAUGAAAGUUUAAGAAAACGUUAUGAUGAAUUUGGUAAAGAUGAUGCUGUUCCACAACAAGGUUUUGAAGAUGCUAAUGAAUAUUUUAGUGCUAUUUUUGGUGGUGAUGGCUUUAAAGAUUGGAUUGGUGAAUUUUCUUUAUUCAAAGAAUUAUCUGAAGCUACUGAAAAAAUGAAUGAAGAAGAAAAUGGAACAACAACUGAUGAAACUGAUAUGAUGAAACAUGAUGGUGAAAAAAAAUCCGAUUCAUCAUCAUCAAAGAAAAUGACUAAAGAACAAAGACAAAAACUUUUAGAAAUGGAACAAAAGAGAAGAGAAGAUAUGAUGAAACAAGUUGACGAAUUAGCAAUUAAAUUAAAUGAAAAGGUAGAUCAAUAUAUUCUUGCUCUUAAUGGUAACCACUUAGAUGAAUUUACAAGAAAAUUGGAUCAAGAAAUUGAAGAUUUAAAAUUAGAAAGUUUUGGUUUAGAAUUAUUAUAUUUAAUUGCAAGAGUCUAUAAGACAAAAGCAAAUAAUUUCAUUAUGUCAAAGAAAACUUUUGGUUUUUCAAAAGUAUUUACAGGUACUAGGGAUAAUGCUAGGACUGUAAAAUCUGCAUAUAAUUUAUUAUCUACUGGAUUAGAAGCACAAAAGACAAUGGAACAAAUGAGUAAAGUAAAUCCUGAUGAAUUAGAUCAAUAUGAACGUGCUAAAUUUGAAUCAAAUAUGGCAGGAAAAGCUCUUGGUGUAAUGUGGGCAAUGUCAAAAUUUGAAUUAGAAAGAAAAUUGAAAGAAGUUUGUAAUAAAAUUCUUAAUGAUAAAUCUGCUUCAAAGAAAGAACGUCUUGCAAAAGCUAAAGCUAUGUUAUUUAUAGCAGAGAAAUUUUCUAAAGCAAGAAGAUCUCCUGAAGAGGCUGAAGAAGCCAGAGUAUUUGAAGAAUUGAUUCUAGGUGCACAAGAGAAACAAAAUAAGAAACAUAGCGUAUUAUAG